AUGGCGGCGCAAACCACCAUCACCGUCCCGCACCUGGGCGGCAUCACAGCCGGCUACCGGCUUUCCGAGCAGCCGGUCCCUGGAAAACCGGUCCUGGUGCUCAUCAACUCAAUGUGCACGACGGCUUCGCUGUUCGACGCGCAGUUCGCCAGCAAGGCGCUCACCGACGCCGUCACGCUGCUGGCCGUCGAGCCGCUCGCCCACGGCGCCACGCGCUGCGACGCCGCCGGUCACUACACGUACUGGGAUUCGGCUCUCAUGGCGCUCCAGGUCAUGGAUCGGCUCGGCGUGCGUGAGGCGUUUGCUUUGGGUACGAGCCAGGGAGGUUGGAUUGUUGUUCGGAUGGCGCUUUUGGCGCCGGAGAGGAUACUCGGCCUCAUACCCCUGGGAACAUCCAUGGAUAGCGAGUCGUCCUACUCCCGAUCCAAAGGCUGCUGGGACCCGCGCACAACCCUGGCGCCUUUCAUGGAGGCAUGGUCAACGACGGAGAGCACUCCCGACUUUGUCGUCGACGACGCAUGGUGCCAGGCGGUGGGCAGCCUCGGGUUCUCGGGCGCCGUGGCCCCCGAGACGCUGCAGUUCUGGACCGACACGCUGCGGUCCGUGUACCGCGGCGACCGCGGCAGGCGGAUGCUCAAGAUGGCCCUGGUCAACCUGGUGGAGCGCGACGGGCUGCUUUGGCGCCUGAGGGACGUCGUUUGUCCCGUCUACUGGCUGCAGGGGACCAAGGACGUCGUGUUUGGUGUCGAGUUGUGCAGGGAGCAUGUGGAGCUGUUUGUGAAGGCGGUCGAGAGGGAUUUGGUGUUUGUCGAGGGUGGUGGGCAUUAUUUAAACGCUACUAGCCCUGAGGAGGUGGAGGCUGCGGUUUUGAGGAUGGUUGCCAAGUAUGCCGUUGGUCGUGGGCUUGAGAAGGCUAACAUCUGA